AUGCCACCACGGACCGCUGCUGAGCGCGGUGGAAGGAGAAAGUCAGUCAAGGCCCCGCCACCAGUUGAUCCUCUAGUGGAGCUCACAACUUUAGAAUCGGUUCAUGACGCGUUGGCGAAGGCCGAGCGACUUCGGAACUACUUCCAGGUAGAGCGUGACAAGGUGAAUGACUUCUGGACGAUUACAAAGGGGGAGGUGGAGACUUAUCGCAAUCGGCUGUUCAAUGCGGAGGCGAGCAUUGAAGAACUGGAGCGGUCACACCAGGUAGAGAUGAAGGUAUACAAGCAGAGGGUGCGUCACCUCAUUUAUGAGCGGAAGAAGAAGGCGCAGGCGUGCAAGGAUGAAAGUGACCGUCUGCUUCGCGAGGCGGAAGACCGGCACCUCCAGCGCAUGAAUGAGAUACAGGCUAAGCUCCAACAGCAAGACCAGCAGCUCCGGGCAGCAGCGGCUGACCAUGAAAUGAACGUGUACGAGAAGCGCGAUUCGCACAGCUACAUGGUAACCGUUACAAAAACACAGAGUCAUGAAAAGGAGCUCGCGCGACUGCAGGUAUCCUGUGAGGCCAAGUUAAAAGUGUUGCGGGAUGAACUGGAGUUAAGACGCCGUGCGGAGAUUCAUGAGAUUGAAGAAAGAAAGAAUGAGCACAUAAACGCCCUCAUUAAGCAGCAUGAAGAGAAAUUUCAUGAAAUGAAGACAUACUACAACCAAAUAACCACAAAUAACCUAGAAAUCAUUCAUUCCUUAAAGGAAGAAAUAGCGCAGAUGAAGCAGAACGACGAGCAUAAUGAGACUUUAAUGUAUGAUAUUGAUCGGGAGAAUCAAAAUCUUGUUGCACCGUUAGAAGAAGCUCAGCGUGAGGUUGCGGAGCUGCAGCAGAAACGGAAGCAGAAUGAACAGAACAAGCGGGGUCUCGAGGUCACUCGUGUUAAGUUAAGGUCGUUGCGUGAGGAGAUUCGCCGACAGCGUGAAGAACAUCAGGCCUUGGAGGAGCGUUACGCCUGCGUGCACCGGGAGCGCGAGGAGCUCAAGGGGAAGUUUGAAUCCGCGCUCCGGCAAGCGGUGAUGGUAGUCGAGGAGCGCAAUGAGGUUCUCCAGCAAAAGCUUAUCGAGUCUCACGCUCUUGUAGAGGAAAGGGAUGUACAACUUGAAGGUGUUUUGCGCGCCAUGAACCUCGAACCAAAGACGCUGGAACUCAUCGCGACUGAGGUCGACGAAUGGCUUCAACGAAAAAAUCAACUGAUAAAAGACUUACACUUUGAGCUUAAGAAAGGAGAAAAGUUGUACAGCGCGACGUUGCUCGAGAUGGAGAGGCGUUGCCAGGCGGCUAACAUUGCUUCACUGCCACGGAGCAACUUUGAGUAG